AUGCACUCCCAAAGACCUUCUGCAAGCUACAAUGUCCGUCGUCAGAGCGAUCGAGGCGCAUCAGUGUCCCUGGUGAAUCAUCAGAACGGAGGCUUCACCGAGCCCAGCCCGUACACGGCAUCUGCACACAGCGAGGCGCGGGCGCAUCUACAGGGGCGCUUUCCCUCCGCCACGGCGGCUUCGUCUCCGCGGGAGCACUUUGACAACGCCAACCUCUACUCCAGCACCACUGCAGCCAGCACGUGCGACAACUUUAGGGUGGCAGUGCGCGUGCGCCCACCUCUGCAGCGCGAGCUGCAUGGCUAUCGACCCUUUGUCGACGUGGUUCAGAUAGCGCCGGAGCACGCCAACUCCAUCACCCUCUGCGAUGCUCUAGACGCUGAAGACGGUAGAGGGGCAGUGUACUCGCGCCAGAGCUACACGUUCGACCGCGUUUACGCAGCUGACACAACGCAGGAGGAAGUGUACGAGCUGAGCGCGCGGCCAGCCGUGCUAUCAGUGCUAGAGGGCUACAACGCCACGCUCAUAGCGUACGGGCAAACCGGUACAGGCAAGACAUACACAAUGGAGGGUUUUACAAGCGAGGAGAAACGCGGCAUCAUUCCUCGCGCAGUCGAGGAUAUCUUUACGUAUAUACAGGAAAGGCGCAGCACCAGCGCGGGCACAAAGUUCCUCGUGCGGGCCUCCUACAUGCAAAUCUACAACGAGGUCAUCUCAGACCUACUGGAACCGCCGACCACAGCGCUCGGUGGUGGUGGAAGCCGUAGCAGCAGCCUUACGGUGCGCCACACACCCCUGCGUGGUGUCUACGUUGAUGGCUUGUCGGAGUGGAUUGUGCGCACCCCGGAGGAUGUGUACGGACUCAUCGCCAAGGGCACAGCGCUGCGGGCAACGAGCGCCACUAAGCUAAGCGAGCUGUCCUCCCGGUCGCACGCCAUCUUCACGAUUGUCGUAGAGGCGACGGAGGGCGACGAGGCGAAUCCGCUCUACUACCGCUUCGGCAAGCUGAACAUUGUCGACCUGGCCGGUAGCGAAAAGAUCCGCCUUGCGGGGGUCACGGGGCAGCGACUGGAGGAGACCAAGAACAUCAACAAGUCGCUGCACGAGCUAGGCAACGUCAUCGCUGCCUUGGCCGCCAAGUCCGGUGCACAUGGUCGCCGAGUACAGCGGCACAUCCCGUUCCGCAACUCCGCCCUCACGAGCGCGCUGCGCGACUCACUUGGCGGCAACUGCAAGACGACGCUGAUCGCGUGCAUUUCUCCAGCGCUGGAGUCGUACGCGGAGUCGCUGUCCACGCUCAUGUUCGCCAAUCGCGCCAAGAACAUUCAGAACCACGCGGUGGUGAACGAGGGCAUGAGCCAGGCAACGCUGCUCAGGGCGUACGAGCAGGAACUACGGCGACUGCGGCGGCAGCUGGAAGAGCGCACGGAGGUGGACGGCAGUGAGCUCAUGAACUCGGCUGACACACACUUGCUGCUCUCCGAGUUGGAGGAGGACCGACGGCGCGCGGAGGCGGACCGGCAGGCGGCGCUUGCAGCGCUUCAGAAGUCGUCAGUGGCACAUCAGGAAGAGAUGCGUGUUCGGCAGGAGCUGGAGAGUCGCAUACGCGAGCUAGAGGUUAUCAUGCGCGAAGGUGGCAUGGAGGGCAACCCGCGCACCAGUCAGGAGUACGCGGAGCGGCUUCUCGAGCUGGAUCGGGAGCAUCAGGCCGUGGAAGAGGACAAGGAGCAGGUAGAACGCUACAAGCACCUACUGCUGAAACAGCGCGAUAUCAUGCUGAGCCUCACCACUCGACUGAACGACCGCGACGAGACAAUUCUGCUGCUCCAAGAAGAGGUUGAGGCGUACGACCAGCAUGUGCAGAAGCUGGAGGAAGAGCUGGAGCUGGUGGCACAACAAGGUGACGCAGGGCGACGGGCCGCUUUGCCGUCGCCAUCCUCGACCGUGAUGAUGGUUGUGAACCCGCAACUCGUCGGGAGCGCGAGUGAGACGCAGGCAGCAGAGUAUAUCUACCAAAGACGCGUGCAGUCCCCGUCGCUGGAGGCUGGCGCGCGGGCCGCUACGUCGCCGAGAUACCGAUCAUUCCUGCAGCCGAGCCGCACCGUUACGGCAGAGGAGCUCGCCGUGGAGUUGGUUAUGCUACAAGGCCGCAAAGACGCAGCUGCAGAAGCUGCUGCUGGCAAAGACGCGGCUGAGCUAGCCGAGGGCACGCUCCUUAGCGACGCGGAGCUCACUCGUAUCCUGCAGCAACGCGCCGACUCGAUCGUGCACGCGCACUACAACGCGCAAGUGGCGCAGCUGCGCUCCACCGUGGCGGCGCUGACCCUUCAGCUGCGCAACAGCGAGGACAAGGCGCACAUCGCAGAAAAGGAGGCGCGCCUGCUGGCGCAUCGGCUGAGCACUGGACAAAAUGGUCCCACCAUGGAUGAGCUUCAGCGAGCACUGCAAGCGGAGUGGGACUCGCGCCGCAAAGCCUACGUCAGUACGAUGGACGAGGUGCACGACGCCGUUCGUGCCGAUGCGACAGAGCGGGCGCGGCUUGGGCGCGAGAUCGACCGCGUCCGAGUGGAGGUGCAGCACCUGCUUGAGACGGCGUCCUCGGAGGCUACCGCGUCGUCUGACACAAGCCGGCGGUCUGCUGUGAGUCGCGUGUGGCAGCGGCUGCAAGAGGUGGAAGAGAAGGUGCGCCUUCAGGGGACAUUGGCCCAGCUGCCAACUCUGCUCCCUGACGCUGGCGUUGUGCAUUCAGUCUCGAGCAGUGCCGCGCGCUCAGCGUCUGAGGAGCACAAGCUGCACGAUGCGCAGGCACGGGAGAAGGCGCUGCAGAAAGCGGUUGAAGAGCAGAAGCGCCGCAUCACACAACUGGAACAGGAAACGGUGGCUCGCGCAAAGCGCUGCCCAUCAUCGGAAGUGACCGCCGCAGACGCCACGGAGGUGGCAAUGCUGAGGAAGAAGCUCACAGUGCACGAGAAGGACCGACGUGCCCUCCACACCAUCCUGGAGCAACGAAUGAAGGGUAAGAUUAAUCGCAUCUGUGAGCUGCUCCUCACCCACACCGACGCCACCAACUGCAAAGAAGCCGCUGACAAGCUAAGUAGCGAGGCGCUUAGUCUGCAGGGCCUGAUUCACGCCGCAAUCAAGGCGAUGGAUGCGGAGGUCUAG